GACAGUGAAUGAGAGAGAUGGCCUGGAGCGCUGUUGCACGAACCUUCAAUAUGCCGGCCAUCGACGUCGGAGCACUGCGCCGACGGGGUCCGCUAGCCGUCGGUAUAGGCUGUGCCUCGGUGGCCACUACCAGCCUAUGGCGAUCUUCGUCCUCGUCGUUGCGGUCAAAGCCACUCGCUUGCUUGAGCAUUUCUACUGACGCCAGUAUAAAGCAGGCUGUUCAAACGGACAAGGCUCCAGCAGCUUUGGGACCUUACUCUCAGGCCAUCAAAGCCAAUAACCUAGUCUUUGUGUCCGGUGUUCUGGGUCUUAUUCCAGAGACUGGGAAGUUCAUCUCAGAUAAUGUAGAGGAUCAAACAGAGCAGGUUCUCAAGAAUAUGGGGGAAAUACUCAAAGCCAGUGGUGCCAGCUAUUCCUCAGUAGUUAAGACUACAAUUAUGUUGGCUGACUUGAAGGACUUCAAGAAAGUGAAUGAGAUCUAUGCCAAAUACUUCCAUGCUCCUGCUCCUGCUCGAUCAACAUACCAGGUAGCAGCGUUACCAUUGGAUGCCCGGAUUGAAAUCGAGUGCAUUGCAGCCCUCUAAAAAUCGAACCUGUGCGAAUCCAAAAUCUCAAGAUAGAGCUAAGUUUAAUAAUGGGUAGGGACAUCUCUAAGCUUUAACCUCAGGGAUUUGUGGCCAAGUAUGGUCCAUCUCCCAUCAGGCUUUGCUUUUUCAUUCGCUGUCAAUUGAACUAGUAAACCUGUGAACCUUACUGCUUGUUUUUGGUUGGGUUAUGAAAUUGAAAUUGAAAUGGACAAAGCAUUCAGGUUGCCCCAGAUA